GAUGUAGAUUUGUGUUGGCUCGUGCCAGCAGAGCCUGGAUCCUGAUGGGAUCUCCACCGGAAUCUCCGCCUGGAGAAACUUUCCGGACCUCCUCCUCUUCCUCCUCCGCCUCCUUCUGCUCCUCCCGGUCCCAGCAGCGCGUCGACGGUCAAAAGGUUCACUCUCUCCGCGCUUGGAGGACCCGCAGCCGUCGGCUCUCCACAUCCAGACCCACCGGUCCGCACGCGACAAGAGUACGGUUGAUUCACAUCGGCAGAAUGCUCCAGAGUCCUUGAAUAACCAGACCUUCUGUGUCGGACCUGACCUGCUCUGACUGUCAUAGGAACACCAGGUGUCAUGGCUCGACCCGAAGCAUCUCUGCUGAGGUGUGGGCUGCUUUUUCUCUACCUGUCUGUCUACUUGUGCCAGCAUGACUGCACGGGGGUAGACUGUCCACUGCUGGACAACUGCAUCGAGGAGGUUCUGGAAAAUAGCGCCUGUUGUGCUUCGUGCUUACAAAAAGGAUGUACAUGUGAGGGUUACCAGUACUAUGACUGCGUCAAUGCUGGGUUCAAGAAUGGCAAAGUACCUGAGGGAGACUCCUACUUCGUUGACUAUGGCAGCACUGAGUGCUCCUGUCCUUUAGGAGGAGGUCGGAUAAGUUGCCAGUUCAUCAGCUGUCCCGAUUUACCAGCCAACUGCAUCGAUGUUCUGGAGCCCACAGAUGGGUGCAUGCAGUGCGAACGCAUUGGAUGCCUUCACCAUGGGCAGAAAUACGAGGCUGGACACUCCUUUCAUGCGGACCAUUGCUGGCUCUGCCACUGUCCUGAUGAAGGGGGGGAUGUAAUGUGCUCCCGCGUUCCCUGUGAUUCCCAGAAAGUCUAUGAGGGUGGAGAGGAUAAGAUAUCUGGCAGGCUUGAUAGUUACCCGUUUGAUCAGAACAAGUUCUCAACAGCAUCUCAUGAACUUCCGAACGGGCAUCUUCCACUAUUCAAAUUACCACCAUCAGAUAAGGAGGAGUCAGAAGACAAUGAUUAUACUCCUGUCGACUUUUUAGACACUUAUCCGCCAUUUAUGGUGCCUCCUACCCAGUCCUCCACCUCCUCUAAGAAGGUUUCAUCUGCAUCCCAAGACUCCGCCAGACCUGAUAGAGCUCCUGUCGUUCCAAGCUUAAACGUACCGGCCAAGAUGGAGCUGAGAGAGCAAUAUGGGGUUCAUGACCAUCCAACAGAAAGAGAGGAAAUGUCACAAAGUCCUUCGAGUGUAGAGCAAGGCACUGUUGGUCCACAUAUAGAUGCCACUACCUCCUGGCAGCUCUCACAGAGAGUUUCGUUUGGUGAUUCGAGUCCACAUCCUGUCUCAGAGAAUCCAUUUCAUGGGCAAAGGAGUUUCGGAAGUGUCAUUGUUCCAUUAAACCAAGAGUUUAAAAGUGAAAAAGAGCCUGAAAAAUAUCCUGAUGUGAAUUCAGAAAGUGUAAUCCAUCAUCAGAGAGGCGGUCGGAUGAAGACACAGAACCAAAAUGCCUCUGAUAAUGUGACACUGAGCCCUUUAACCAAUCAGAUGAAAGCUACAGAAGCAUCAUCGAAUCAAGAAAAAGGAUCUGAAAUAGCAGAUAUUCCUCUGUACAUGCUGAGAAAUGCAGAGACUUUGCUUCAUUCCCAGUCAAGUAGAAAUGAUCCUGAGGAACUGCAUGAACCAGAUGACAAAGAAAUACUGGAGGAAGAUGAGACAAGAGACCAGGAGGAAGAAAUACCAGGAGGACAUGGAAACGACGUUCCCUUCAGGAUCAAAUCAACCCCACAGAGCAGUGAUCCCACCAGCAGCUAUGAAAGGAUCCCACCUGCUCCCAGCACGGCUUCACCGAGGAAUCUUGAGAACUGGGAGAUACCCGAGGCCUAUUUUAUCACCACCACCAAAUCACCAUCAAAGGUGAAACUGGAUGAGAGUCUGUCCUCAGGAAAGCUGCCUCAUGGUGGAGGCAGGGAGGUGGUGGACAAAGACCACGAGGGCAGCCAUCGACAAGUUUCACUCCUCGCACCUGAAGGAGAUCCUGGUGUUUCAGCUAAAGUCCUGCUGCAGGACUGCUGCACUGCCGGCCAGAGAUGGGCCAGAGAAAACCUCCACUGCAGCCACAUGCCUGAGCUGAAUGACAAGCAUUCUGUUUGCAGUAUGGUGUGGAAGCAGUGCUGCCUGAGCACCGUGAAGGAGAGCCAGUGUGAAUCAGGCGUGACUUCGGCCCGAGCAGGACACACGUGUGAAGGUGACGAGGAACACCCGUGCAGAGAUGACUCCCACCAGGUGUGCUGCAGCUGCUGUGCCCUCGGCCUGUGGAUGCGACGUGGAGGACAGGACUGCGAGGCCCCCCAACGUCUGAGCUACCCGUGCAAUCACAUCUUCCUCACCUGCUGCGAGGACAAGGAUGGUGUGGGUCAGCUUCCAGUGAGGAGGAAGGAGAAACUCAGACCAACAGCAUUGCCCAGAAGAGUCUCAGACAGAAAGCUCCCCACAGAGGCGUUCUCCAUCCGAGCUCCAGACCAAACUGCCAACGCCGUGGAGGAGCAGCCGGAUGUGGACGAGUGUCGACUUGACCAGGGCCAGCUGUGCCAGCACACCUGCAGCAACAUCUGGGGCUCCUACCGCUGUGGCUGCCACCGGGGGUUCAUCCUGCAGGACGAUGGACACUCCUGUGCACCAGUAAGUCCAGAGGAGGACAACAUCAGAGACAUCAACAGUCCAGCUGUGGGUCCAGUACAAAGCACAACCAGUGCAACCACCAGCAGCCCUGUGCACCUGGAUCCCUGCACAGGAAACAGCGCCUGCAGUCAGCAAUGUCUUCCAGUGGCUGGCCGAGCUCAUUGUUUCUGCUUCCCAGGGUUCUCGCUGAUGGCCGAUGGACGCACAUGUGAAGAUGUGGACGAGUGUGGGAGCAACACCCACAGCUGUCGGCCCGGCGAGCGCUGCGUGAACACCAUGGGCUUGUUUGUAUGCGAGCGACAGGUCGCUUGUCCUGCAGGAUACCAGCUGAACGGCGGUGUUUGCCAAGACAUGGAUGAGUGCGCGGUGGGAAGCGAUAACUGUGGUGAGGGAUUCAUGUGUGAGAACACGGCGGGUUCUUUCCUGUGUUCGCCCAGGAACAAGUGCAUCACUGGCUUCAUGCAGGACUCUCAUGGCAACUGUAUUGACAUAAACGAGUGCAGCAGCCUGGACGAGCCGUGCAGCUCCGGUUCUUACUGCAUCAACACCGUUGGUUCCUAUACGUGCCAGCAGAAGAUGGUGAUGUGCAGUCACGGCUUCCACGCCGGCCCCGACGGGGCCAGGUGUGUCGAUGUUGACGAGUGUCAGAUGGGAGCACAUCGCUGUGGAGGGGGCCAGAUCUGUCACAACCUUCCUGGUAGCUAUCGCUGUGACUGUCAGACCGGCUACCAGUUUGAUGCCCUCCGUAAAACCUGCACUGAUGUUAAUGAAUGCUGGCGCUACUCCGGCAGGCUGUGUGCCCAGACCUGUGAAAACACCCCCGGCUCCUACCACUGCUCCUGUACAGCUGGCUUCUCCCUCGCAGCUGAUGGCAAGAACUGUGAGGAUGUAAAUGAAUGUGACAACAACCCCUGCAGCCAGGAGUGUGCCAACAUAUACGGCUCAUACCAGUGCUACUGUCAGCAAGGUUAUUUCCUGAAGGAGGAUGGCCACACCUGUGAAGAUAUUGAUGAAUGCUCCCAGAGCAUCAUGAAUCUUUGCACCUUCCAGUGCAUCAACGUUGCAGGCAGCUACCAGUGCACCUGUCCUCCUCAUGGAUACGUCAUGUCAGCCAGUGGACGCACCUGCACAGAUGUGGACGAGUGCUCGACCGGCACACACAACUGCUCCUUCGAACAGACCUGUUACAAUCUGCAGGGAGGAUUCAGGUGUCUGUCCUUCGACUGUCCUCACAACUACAAGAAAGUGUCCGACACACGCUGUGAGCGGAUCAGCUGUCCCUCCAACUCCUUAGACUGUCAGAACUCUCCGGUCCGGAUCACGUACUACCAGCUCAGCUACCAGACCAACAUCAUCAUUCCGGCCCAGAUCUUCCGAAUCGGACCGUCCCCCACCUACUCCGGCGACCACAUCGUCAUCAGCAUCACCAAGGGCAACAGAGACGGUUACUUUAGCACCCGGAAGCUGAACAGCUUCACCGGCGCCGUGUACCUGCAGAGGAAAGUCCGCCAGCCCAAGGACUUCUUGAUUGAGGUAGAGAUGAAGCUGCUGAGGCAGGGAACGCUCACCUCCUUCCUGGCCAGAAUCUAUGUCUUCAUCACAUCUAGCAACAUGUAACACCAAACACACGCAGCCACAAACUCCAGGCUUCACCUUCCCGGUUCAAGAAUCUUGUGAAAUGCUGUUCAAACUGCAAGAGUUCAGCUUGUCUUUGCUUUUCAGCUUCAACUCGUUUCUGAAAACCUUCAUGUUCAAUUUGUGUUUGAUGUAAACGUUUGCAGAUGAUGUAAGAAAAUUCCAGAUUUGUCGGAAAAAAUCUGAAGCUUGAAACGCUGAUGCAGACCCAAACUGACUAAAUGUAGCUCAAACUUUUAAAAUGAAUGCAGUCAUUAGUUCUGUUUACUUUCAGUUACAUUAAAAUAAACAAAAUAAAUUCAAAAUAAAUAGAUAACCAAGUAUUUCACUUUAAAUAAUCUUACAUUGUUAUCAUAAAUUAUUAUGUUAUUUAUCUAAUUUUGUUCUUUUUUCACUCUUGUUUUUUUUCUGAUAUUUUUUUCUUUUUGUCUGUUUGUUUGUUAGCUUGCUAGCUUGUUAGUCUCUGUUAGCUUACGUUAUCCACGCUUUGUUUGUUUGGGACUGAACCAACCUGUGUGCACUAAUUUGUUUUGUUUUGUUUUUUUGUUGUUGUUUUCUGUAAUUAAUAAAUGAAGCUGAAAUGUUUUUGAAAUAAAGUAAAUAACGGUGAAUGUUCAUUUUGAUGUUCUGACCAGUGAAACGCUUCAUCUUCCUGGUUUAAUUGGUUUACUGACCGGGUCCAUGCAGUUUGUUGGCUUCUGCAGGAUCUCUCUGUUAGUUUACAUGAAUAUCCACCCUUUGUUUUUUAGUCUUUGUUUUAUAUUAUUUCUAAUAAAAUGUGAUGGAAGACUUUAAACUAUUGCACGUUUUUGGGAAACAUGGCGUAGUCAAACUCCCAGCACUGACUGUUCUUGUUCUGGAGCGAAACUUUACUGUUGAUCUUUUUAUUCAUUUUCUCGUCGUUGCUACAGGACUCGUCUGUAUUUUAGCGAUUGUAAUGAUCUCAGGGUGAACAUGAUGUGGUCGCAUCCUAACCAGGCCAGUUCCUGUUGGCUGAGCAGGUAUGAAUCAGUCUGCUGCUGUAACUGCAGACGGCUGCCACACCUUCCUCUAUAA